AAAGUACUUAUGAAAAUAAUUUAUUAUGAAUUUUGUAGAAGUGUCUGACAGUAAAAUGUCAGUGCACUUACCAAUAAUAAAUAAUAGUUUAAGUAUACAAACUAUUCGUGGAUGCUUUCCAAAUGUAAGUGGGCUUACAUUUAUUAAUGAAAAUAAUCAAAAGUGUGGACUUAGCAUAGUCAAUGAUAAAUUCGAAUUGUUGCCUGGUGUAAGUAAAUAUGAAGUUCACAGUUGCAAUAUUUUAAAAAAGCAUAAUGUCAAUGAUAUAAAGAGAAAAAGGAUUACUGAGAUAAUGAAAGUAAUUGAAGGAAAGUCAAGUGAUAAGCCUGCAUCAGUUGAAAACCAAGAAUACGAAUUGAAUACCGAAUGGGCACAGGUCGAAAUAGUAAAUUUGGUAAACGAUGGUACUGGUCUUGGGUUUGGUAUUAUUGGCGGGAAAAGUACUGGAGUAGUAGUAAAAACAAUUCUUCCAGGAGGCGUUGCUGACCGGGAUAACAGGCUACAAAGCGGUGACCAUAUCCUUCAAAUAGGAGAUGUAAAUUUACGAGGGAUGGGAAGUGAGCAAGUUGCAACCGUAUUACGACAAUCAGGGGCACACGUCCGGCUAGUAGUUGCUCGACCUAUUGAGCCUACUUCUCCAGAUUAUCAGACGUUGGAAAGUCAUGCUCCAAUUGUACCAACGAAAGUACUCGGUGAUCCUGAAGAGUUAAGUCGUCAUUUACUUCAUAACAACACAGAAGGAUUCAAUAGUCACUGUAUUCAAAAGCGAGGAGAAAUCAAUGAUGGAUAUAAUAAUGAAGAAGGAUCAGAUUUUGAAUCUCACGGUUAUGUGUGUGAAAAAGAAUUAUCAGGUAUUUUUGUAAAAAGUAUAAGCAAAGGAAGUGCUGCAGAAUUGAGUCAAAAGAUACAGAUAAAUGACCGAAUUGUAAAAGUGAACAACUUUUCAUUACAAGGAUACUCAAAUCAUGAAGCUGUCGAAGUUCUCAGAAAUGCAGGAAAUAUUGUACACUUAGUUAUUGAACGAUACCUUAGAGGUCCAAAAUAUGAACAGCUCCAACAAGCUAUAGCAGCAAGUGAGAUCAAACUACCUCAAUUAAAUUCUCCGUCUAUAACAAGUUUACCGAGUUUUUCAUUCAGUACGGAUGGUGAUACUUUGACUGAAUUUGAAACAGAAAUCAAAGUACCAAUUCAGGUCAAUCAUUUUAUACAUCCUAUUGAUAAAAAUCAAUCAGUGAUCGCAAAAAAAAGUGAUGUGGAUGAUACAAUUGACUUAUCAAGUAACCCAAUAACUGAUUUAACUCCACAAACUGAAGAAGCCAUCAAAACCAAGUGGAAAAAAAUUAUUGGAGAAGACACCGAUAUUCUUAUUGCACAAAUAAAAAAAUCUACCGUUGGUAGCGGCCUUGGAAUAAGCUUGGAAGGUACUGUGGAUGUGGAAAACGGAAAAGAAGUAAGACCUCAUCAUUAUAUUCGAUCAAUACUUCCAGAAGGCCCUGUUGGAGUAAGUGGCAUACUGCGAUCAGCGGAUGAGUUAUUAGAGGUGAAUGGAGUUCACUUAUUUGGAACAAAUCACACUGAAGUCGUUACAAUUUUACGUGAGUUACCCUUGCGUGUUAGACUGGUUUGCGGUCGAAAGAAAUCAAUACAAGCAACAUCGCGAUUCAUUAACAUAGUUGACGAGCAUGCAACUGUUGAGUCAAAGGAUCCAACAAAUUCACACGAAACUGUCAUCAUCAUUCGUUCUCUAGUGCCUGGUGGCGUAGCUGAAACAAAUGGACAGCUGAUUCCUGGAGAUCGUAUUUUAUUUGUUAACAAUGUUGUUUUAACCAAUGCAACUUUAAGCGAAGCGGUAGAGGUACUCAAACAGGCACCAAAAGGAAAAGUUCAACUAGGUGUUGCAAAACCAUCACGGGUACUAAAACGUUAUUUGUAUGUCAGCACUGCAGAAAUGACAUCUAAUACUGUCGAUUGUACAACACGAAGUAGUGUCGAGAAUCGAAAAUGCGUGCAUGACAAAAAUAUCAAUAAUGAACUAUUAGCUCCAUUAAUAUACGUUACAGUUUUUAACAAUGAUAUAAACGAUGAGAACCUUGUGAAAUCUAAUACAAUUUGAAUUCUAAAUGAGUUUUCGCGUAAGAAAAGAAAUUAAAGAUUUGUGAUUAAAAGAUUUAUGAGCUUCUUGAAAUUCUGUUCAAAUGAUAACCAUUUUUUUAAGUCUUACAAAAAGAAUUGAUGAGUAAAUUACAUAUUGUACUCUUGACCAGUUAUUAUUCUUAUCAUGGGUAAUACGUUGUGAUUUUGAAAUGAAUUAUUUUUAUCUAGCAAUCAACAAAUACACAAUUUUUUUCUCUUUGUAACAGGUUAUAGUAAUAGGGGUAAUACUACUCUUAGAGAGUCAAAUAAUGAUGAAAUUGUUAUCUCUUGCAAUCUUAAGUUAGUAGUGUAUUCACCGUGCAUAUACAGUGCAUUGACUGUGUAUCCAAAGUGCUUGUGAUGUGAUCAUUGUGAACAUACAGUAACUAAACCAUGUACAUAUUGUAUUUACAGAAAAUGCUUUACUUGCAAAAAUUCUAAGUCGAACAAAUUAUCUCGGCUUUCAGAACCGGUCUCAAACAUGGAAUAAAUCAAAAAGAUCGAAAAAGAUUGCUACAAAAUUUAAAAAAUUAUUAAAGAAAUUGAUUUUCCAAAAUA